AUGGGCCUCUUUACCCAAGCCCUCCUUGUCCUCCUGGCGACCCCCUUCUUCUCCUGCCCCGUAUCUGCACAGGAUCAAUAUGACUACAUUGUCGUCGGCAGUGGACCCGGAGGUGGCCCAUUGGCCUCCAACCUCGCUCGAGCAAACUACUCGGUCCUCCUCAUUGAAGCCGGGGAUCAGAGCACCCAGGGCAACUCCGGGCAGUAUCCUCCCCAGAUCACUUGGGAUUUUUUCGUCAAGCACUAUGCCGAUGAGAAGAGGAAUAUGAUGAAUAACAAGCUGGUUUGGAAGACCACUCAGGGACGGUACUGGGUCGGGCCAGGCAGCUCCACUCCUCCCAGCGGGGCGAAGUUUCUGGGUGUAUACUACCCUCGAGGAAGUACGGUAGGAGGAAGUAGCAUGAUCAACGCCAUGUGCACCUGGCUGCCCGCCGAUUCAGACUGGAACUACAUUGCCAACAUCACUGGCGAUUCCUCAUGGAGCGCCGACAAAAUGCGCAAGCUCUUUGAACGCAUCGAGAAGAACAACUACGUUCCCCGCGGCACGCCUGGCCACGGCUUCGACGGCUAUUUCCAGACCAACAUGAACAAGCCAACUUCCAUCGGACAGCCCGUCCUAGGAAUCAUUCAGGCCAUUGCCGCCAACUUCAGCGUCGCCACGGACGCUUCGUCAAUUACCAAAAUGAUGAGCUCCGAUGCCAAUUUCCUCGAUCCAAAGCGCGACUUCAUGAACGGGAUCUGGGGCCUUCCUACUCACACAAAAGCGAACGGUGAACGCUACAGCUCGCGAGACUACAUCCAAGAGACCAUCAAGGCCAACUUCCCACUCACCCUCAGCAUGAACAGCCUAGCCACGCGCGUCCUCUUCUCCCCCGACAAGUCGUGCGGCGGCCAACCCCGCGCCACAGGCAUCGAAUACCUCCAAGGCAAAUCGCUCUACAAAGCCGACGCGCGGUGGACCGCCUCCAACAAAGGCGUCCUCAAGACAGCCACGGCACGCAAAGAAGUCAUCCUCUCAGGCGGCACCUUCAACACGCCUCAACUCCUCCUGCUCUCGGGCAUCGGCCCCGCCGCCCAGCUCCAGAAAUUCAACAUCCCCCUCCUCGUCGACUCGCCCGGCGUGGGCAACAACAUGCAGGACAACCAGGAGAUGCCCAUCAUCGGCCAAGUCUCGGGCCAGACGAGCGGCGGCUUCUCCCAACCCAUCAUCAUGAUGACGACCACGCACACGCCCGACGGCGAACGCGACAUGUUCGUCAUGCAAGGCUCCUUCGCCUUCCGGGGUUUCUGGCCCUCGAACCAGACCAACACGGCCCUGCCGCAGGACGGGCCGGGCACCUACGGCAUCUCCAUGGUCAAAGGCAAGCCGCAGAAUCGUGCCGGGUACGUCCGCCUCGCGAGCGCGGAUCCGACGGAUAUGCCCGAGAUCAAUUUCAUGCUGUACGAGCAGGGCCGCGAGACGGACAUGGGCGCCAUGAAGUCGACGAUUGCGUGGGCCAGGAACAUGUACGCUGCUGCGAGGGGUAUCAAGGUUGCGGCGAAGGAGCCGCCGUGUCCGCAGGGCCCGGAUGCGAAUGGUGGGUGUGGCGCGGCGGACGAGGAGUGGAUUAUUGGGCAGACGUUUGGGCACCAUCCUACGAGUACGGCGGCCAUUGGGGCCGAGGGGGAUAAGAACGCCGUGUUGGAUGCGAGGUUCAGGGUUAGAGGGGUGAAGGGAUUGAGGGUCGUGGAUGCGAGUGUAUAUCCGAGGAUUCCGGGUGUGUUUCCCGUAGUGAGUACGUUUAUGGUGAGUGAGAAGGCGAGUGAUACGAUCAAGGAGGAUGCGGCGAGGGAUGUGUGUGCUGCUUAA